AUGUCUGCUCUACCAAAAGACACCACCGACAUGAAGGAGAUGGAGGCAUCCCACGGCAAGAUGGUCACUCCCGAAGUCACAUGGGCCCAACGCUCCAGCGCAACGGAGAACGAGAAGAACCACGUCUACCUCACCAUCGCCGUGCCUGACGUCGCGAAGAACAACAUCAAGCUCGACAUCCAGCCCACCAGCCUCAGCUUCCAAGGCUACUCCGAGUCCAAGAAGGCCACCUACUCGGUCAAGCUGGAGUUCUACGCCGAGAUCGACCCCUCCGCCGCCAAGAUCAACCACACGCCCAGAGACAUUGAGAUGGUGCUGCAGAAGAAGGAGCUGAACGAGGAGUUCUGGCCGCGGUUGCUGAAGGAUAAGGCGAAGGUGCAUUUCCUCAAGACGAACUUCGACAAGUGGGUGGACGAAGACGAGCAGGACGCCGUGCAGGAGGACGACGACUACAUGUCCCGCAUGGGUGGCAUGGAAGGAGGCAUGGGCGGCGACGGUGGCUUCGGCGGCAUCGACUUCAGCAAGCUCGGCGGUGCGGGGGGCGCAGGUAUGCCCGGCAUGGAAGGCAUGGGCAUGGGUGGCAUGGGCGGCAUGGGCGACGAGGAGGAGGGGGAUGAUGACGACGACGAGGACAUGCCCGAGCUGGAAGACGAGGAUGCCAAAGAGGGUGCUGGCGCGAAGGCGGGCGGCAAGAAGAUCGAGGAGGUGGAGUGA